AUGCUCCCGCAAUGUUCAGGCCCCGUCUGGGCAGUGGAUGAUCUGUCGCGGUGCUUCCAGCGCAACAUUCUGCAAGUCACGCUCCCCCUCACAGCAUGCAGCUUGUCGUUACUCUUCAUCACGUUGCGCCUCGUCCACCGUUAUAUCCUUUCAAGCAAAGGUGUCGCUUACAAAGUCCUUGACAACGAUGUCUCAGAAAUUGAGCCUCCUAACGGCCCGGAAUCGGAAUCCGAUCCAAUGCUAUUCCAAGCUACCCAGAGCGAACAAUUGAAGCUAGAGGUCGAUCGCCCACGAGGGGAAUUGCUCGUCGUUGCAUUGGAGAUCGCCGCGCUUGUCGGUCAGGUGGCUUUAUACGUCGUUAUCUUGUCGACUGGUGGGUGGGGUCGUCAUGGAACAAUCCCUGCUAUCGCCGGGUUGGUGUCUUGGGGCUAUAUACUGUUUUUGGUUUUAGUGCGCCUGCUUCUUUCCACGCUCGACCUUUUCUCGGCUCCCCGACUCUGGACUCAUACGGCGAUUCUCUACGGUUUACAAUGGCUGUUCAAUGUGAUGGUGUUCCGAUCCGCCAUUAUCCAUCCCUUAUCGCAUAACGCCCUGGUUCUCAGCAGCAUUGGUUUCGCCCUGAGCACCGUGUUAGUCACAAUCUGUUUGACUACUCGUCGAGGCAACAAGCCCGUUCUUGUGGAGCAUGAGGAGGGUCUGGAGCCUCCGCGUUACCCCAUGGCCAGUCUUCUGUCUCUCGCUACAUUUGCCUGGUUGGACCCGCUAGUCAUGAAAGGUUAUCGCCAACCGCUAAAUUUGGAGGAUGUCUGGAACUUGACUCCUCAUCAGAAAGCCGCCAAUGUUCUGAACGACUAUAAAAGACGACAGAUGAAGGGCUCCAUGGCUUGGAAGCUGAUUAGAUACUUUUUUGGAACCAUCAUGAAGCAAGGUGCUUGGACCAUUUUCGCCAAUUUAUUCGUUUUCGUCCCCAGUCUGCUCCUCAAGGCAAUCUUGGAGUAUGUGGAGGACCCGCGGUCCGCUAGCCCCAGCGCCGCAUGGUUAUACGCUAUCCUGCUAUUCUGUUCUGCAAUUGUGCAGGGUGUUGCAGACGGUCAGGCUCUUUUCAUCGGCCGAAAGAUGGGUGUGCAGAUCCGCGCAAUCAUCAUCGGUGAAAUCUACGCAAAGGCACUCCGGCGUAAAGCUGGUGCGUCAACGGACGCUGUUCGCAAGGCAGCAGAGGAGCAACCAGACUCCACUUUGAAGACCAGAAAGACCCUCAAGAAUCGACUCCUUUCAUUUGGCCGUAAGAAGAAAGCUACAAACGAAAAUGACACCGAGACGUGUCCCAAGGCCGAUGUCAAAGUGGAGGAGGCUGCUACCCAAGCUAAUGUUGGUACCAUUAUCAACUUGAUGGCCAUUGAUUCUUUCAAGGUCAGUGAGGUUGGAGCUUAUCUGCAUUUCCUAUGGGCUAGUGUGCCUGUGCAGAUCAUUAUGGCCGUCACUCUGCUUUACAAGAUCAUGGGUUUCAGCUCAUUUGCUGGUAUCGCAAUCAUGGUUCUCAUGCUCCCAGUCAACCUUUUCAUUGCUCGCCAGUUCAACAAGGUACAAAACCAGAUUCUCAAGGGCACCGAUGCUCGCAUUCAUGCCACAAAUGAGGUCCUUCAGAAUAUCCGUAUUAUCAAGUAUUUUGCCUGGGAGCAGCGCUUCCAGGAUGUCGUCAACGAAAAGCGCAGGGCUGAGCUUAAAUCCUUGCGCAGACGCUACAUUUUAUGGUCCUCUGCCGCCACCAUCUGGUACGGCACACCUAUUUUGAUCACUUUCCUGUCCUUCUUCCUGUAUACAGUUGUCGAGAAGAAGCAACUGACACCAUCAAUUGCCUUCCCUGCCUUGUCUAUGUUCUCCCUCCUGCGGGUGCCAUUGGAUCAAUUGGCCGAUAUGGUGGCCCACGUUCAGGAAUCCAAGGUCUCUCUUGAUCGUGUGGAUAAGUAUCUCAACGAGGAGGAGACCGAAAAGUACGAGCAGCUACGCCAUACCUCCAGCUCAGAUGGUCCAAGUCGGAUCGGAUUGCAGAAGGCGACCCUCACUUGGGGUACCUCCAAGCCCACACCCCAGCAGUCCUCAUCCUCCGAAGGUGGCGCAGAUGCUUUCCGCCUUAUCAAUGUGGAUGUCGAUUUCCCCGUCGGUCGCUUGAGCAUUAUCGCUGGAGCUACGGGCUCAGGAAAAACUUCUCUACUCAUGGCUUUGCUGGGUGAAAUGAGACUCGUUGAGGGUCGCGUCCACCUUCCUGGUGGUAUGUUGAACCGUGCCGACCUUCCAGUUGAUCCUGCAACCGGUCUGGUCGACAGCAUUGCCUACUGCGCCCAAGAAGCUUGGUUAGUAAACGCCACUGUUAAGGAGAACAUCACCUUCGCCUCCCCACAUGAUGAAAAGCGCUACAAUGCAGUUCUCAAGGCCUGUGCCUUAGAGCGUGAUCUUGAAAUUCUGGAUGCUGGUGACAAGACAAUGGUUGGCGAGAAGGGAAUUAGUCUUUCCGGUGGUCAGAAGCAGAGAAUUUCUCUUGCUCGGGCCAUUUACAGCAGUGCGCGACACUUGCUUCUGGAUGACUGUCUCUCUGCUGUUGACUCGCACACUGCCAAGCACAUUUUCCGCCAGGCCCUGACUGGUCCGCUCAUGUUGAACCGAACCUGUAUCCUAGUGACCCACAACGUUGCUCUGACUGUUCCCCAGGCGGAUCACGUUGUCAUGCUUGACAAUGGUAAGAUCACCGCUCAAGGUCGCCCUGAUGACGUUGCGGCUACCGGUGCUCUUGGUGAUGAGUUCUUCAAGUCUCGACCAGGGUCUCGGGCUAGCUCCCGUGGUUUGUCUCGUGCACCCUCGGAUACUGAGGCAGAAGAUGAAACGACUGGAGAGGGUACGAUUGGAACAAAUGGAUCAGCCAAUGGUACUCAAAAGAAGGAUCAGAAGGAGGAAAAGACAGUUCUCCAAGAGUCUAAGUCUGUUGGAAGCGUCAAAUGGUCCACCAUUUCUAUGUAUUUGAGCUCCAUGGGUAGCUGGUAUUAUUGGGUUGGUGCCGUUAUGGUGUUCUGUACACAGCAGCUGGGCUCGGUUUCAACCAACCUUUGGAUCCGACAGUGGGCGAACGCCUACCAAACUUCUUCUCUGGACACAACUGAUAACGCCGGCCUAUACGCUGCUGUGUCUCACCUAAAACCCCCCACGUUCAAUAUUGGUAGUGUUUCAAAAAUGAGCACUUGGGGUCCUCCUCAAUUGUCCACUCGCGCCGAUCUCACCCACCCUACCACACCCGAUGGCCAGGUAAACGUGGCUUACUACUUGGGUGUAUAUGCGCUGCUUGGUCUCGGAUAUAUCUCAAUCUCCUUGGUCCGGGAGGGUGUCCUGUUCUGGGGCUCUCUUCACGCGUCCUGGAAGAUUCAUGAUCGUCUCUUGAAAACAAUCCUGCAUGCCAAAUUUCGUUUCUUUGAUUCCACACCACUCGGCCAGCUUAUGAAUCGAUUCUCCAAGGAUGUGGAGGCUGUCGAUCAGGAAGUUGCGCCUGUAGCAAUAGGAAUGCUACACAGCCUGGCUUCCGUGAUCAUGAUCGUUAUCCUCAUUUCGAUCAUCACCCCUGGUUUCUUAAUUGCUGGUAUCUUCAUCACAUUGGUGUACACUGCACUGGGUGCAGUGUACUUGAACUCGUCUCGUGAUCUCAAGCGUCUUGAGUCUGUGCAGCGAAGCCCGCUGUACCAGCAAUUCGGAGAGACUUUGAAUGGUAUUAUCACAAUUCGCGCGUAUGGCGACGGUCCUCGGUUCAUUGUCGACAACCACCGCCACAUCAAUGCUUAUAACCGACCACACAUCUAUCUCUGGGCUAGCAACCGCUGGCUCGCGCUUCGAGUGGAUUGGACUGGUGCACUUGUUUCAUUCUUCUCUGCAACUUUUGUCUUGAUCAAUAUCGGGAAAAUCGAUGCUGGUGCUGCUGGUCUUUCUCUGACUUACGCAGUAACUUUCACCGAGAACGUGCUUUGGCUCGUCCGACUUUACUCAGAGGUUCAGCAAAACAUGAACUCCGUUGAGCGUGUCAGAGAGUACUUGGAUGUCGACCAGGAGGCCCCUGGUAUUCUUCCUGAUGCCCGACCUGCCAAGGACUGGCCGACCGAAGGUGCCGUGGAAUUCUCAGGCUACAGUACUCGCUACCGUCCUGACCUGGACCCUGUCCUCAAGGAAGUGUCCUUUUCCGUCAAGGCUGGCGAGAAGGUCGGUAUUGUUGGCCGCACAGGUGCUGGGAAGAGUUCCCUCGCACUGGCUCUCUUCCGUGGGUUGGAAGCAGAGAAGGGUCAAAUCGUGAUUGACGGCGUUGACAUCGGUUCAAUUGGCCUGCGAGAUCUUCGUGAGAACAUCACCAUUGUGCCUCAAGAUCCCACAUUAUUCACCGGCACAAUUCGUAGCAACCUGGAUCCAUUUGGUUUGUUCAGUGAUGAAGAAAUUUUCACUGCCCUCCGCCGAGUGCACCUGAUCGGAUCUACUGUCUCAGGUACUGCAACCCCCAUGACUGAAAGUAUUGUCAUGUCGCCCGACGCAAAUGGUGGUGUCAAUGGCAGCGCCACGACAAUUGCAGAUAACAAGAACGUCUUCCACAAUCUAGACAGUUUGGUCUCGGAAUCCGGAUCCAAUUUGUCUCAAGGCCAAAGACAACUUCUGUGUCUUGCCCGUGCUCUGCUUAAGAAACCUCGUGUUCUCAUGAUGGACGAAGCCACCGCCUCUAUCGAUUACGCCACCGACGGCAAGAUCCAGGAGACUCUCCGUGAGUUACACGACAGCACAAUUAUCACAAUCGCUCACCGUCUCCAAACAAUCAUCGAUUACGACAAGGUUCUGGUCCUGGAUCACGGCCGCGUCAUCGAAUACGACCACCCCUGGACUCUGCUCAAUCGCGAAGACGGCCUGUUCCGCAGCAUGUGUGACAACAGCGGGAAUAUGGAUGUGCUUCUCGACGGAGCCAAACGGGCAUGGAUUCAGAAGCGUCUGGUCGAUGACUCCUAA